AUGUGCCGAGGGCAGUGCGUGCCAGAGAGACUGGAGCUCAAGCGACAAAUGAUCGCUCGGCUCGACGAGCUGGCGACACCUGACACCAUCAUCGCGUCUAACUCGAGCAGUUAUAGCAUAUCCGAGAUAAUUGACGGCUUGAAAUUGUCCAACGACCGGCGGAUCCUCAGCGCUCAUUGCUACUGGCCUCCGGAGACCUCUGCGAUUGAACUCAUGGGUCAUGCAAAUACUGAUCCUGCAAUUAUCCCACUUCUUAUGGAGCAGUGUCGAGAGCAUGGAUUCAGUCCAUUCCAUGUGAAGAAAGAUUCCAUGGGCUACAUUUACAACAGGAUUUGGGCAGCAAUCAAGAGGGAAGCGUUGCUCACCGCAGCGGAGGGCGUCGCUACUCCGUCCGAGAUAGAUGCGAUUUUCAAGGACGUCUUGAAGACACCCAAAGGUCCUUUUGAGCAGAUGGAUGUCGUUGGCCUUGACGUUGUGCUCAACAUUGAGGAGCACUAUGCAGAAAAGCGGAAAGACGUCCCUCUUGAACCUCGAGAAUAUCUGCAGCGAUUCAUUAGCGAUGGUCUUCUGGGUGUCAAGAGUGGACGGGGCUUCUAUGACUAUGAAAAGUCGUGA